UUUUUUCAAAAUUUCACCUAUUUUCUUCCGUAUCGGAGCACCAUUCCUUUUAGCGGCAGUAAGUGGCGUCAAGAAAUGGGUCGCUGCCGUGCUGCGUCGGCGUCGGGCCCCGCCGACGAUGACCCUAACCACAGGUUAAAGAGAAAAAGGGCUGCUUCAGAAACUUUACCUACAGGCCAAGGUAUAACUAAUAGCAAGGUAUCUCUUUAUCACUGUAAUUAUUGUAACAAAGAUAUUUCGGGGAGGAUUCGCAUCAAGUGUGCUGUCUGUCAAGAUUUUGACCUCUGCAUAGAGUGCUUCUCUGUUGGUGCUGAGGUGACACCCCACAAAAGCAAUCAUCCGUAUCGGGUUAUGGAUAAUCUAUCUUUUCCACUUAUAUGUCCAGAUUGGAAUGCAGAUGAAGAGAUCUUACUUCUAGAGGCUAUUGAGAUGUAUGGAUUUGGGAAUUGGAAUGAAGUCGCAGAAUAUGUUGGAACUAAAAGCAAAUCUCAGUGUAUUGACCACUAUAAUGUUGUAUAUAUGAAUUCACCAUGUUUUCCUCUCCCGGAUUUGUCUCAUGUUAUGGGAAAGAGCAGGGAUGAAUUGUUUGCCAUGGUUAAGGGUCAUGAAGCCAAAAAAGAAUUUUCUCUAACUGCUGAGCUUAUGCUGAAAGAAGAAGCUCCCUUCUCUGAUGUAGUAAGUUAUGAAGAAACAAAGAAGGUAGAAAUCAAUAAUCUAGAAAUCUCCAGAUUAACCUCAGGUUCAACAUGUGGAAAAUCUUGCUCAAGUACAGUUAAGAACUCUUCCUACUUGAGCCAAAGUAAUGAUGAUGUCAAGGUUGAAGGAGAGUCUCGGAGCAUUGGAGAGAAGAAACCUAAAUUAUCAGGGGAAGACAUGCUUUCUAUCACAGAGUUGAGUGGAUACAGUUUUAAGAGAGAGGAAUUUGAUGUUGAAUACGACAAUGAUGCUGAGCAAGUGUUGGCUGAUAUGGAAUUUAAGAACACUGAUACCGAAGCUGAACAUCAAAUGAAACUUCACGUGCUCCAUAUCUAUUCGAAAAGGUUAAAUGAGCGGAAGCGAAGAAAGCAUUUUGUACUUGAAAGGGAGUUACUUUAUCCUGAUCCUUUUGAGAAAUCUCUCUUGCCUGAAGAGCUUCAAAUAUGUCAGCAUUACAAGGUCUUCAUGCGGUUUCACUCAAAAGAACAACAUCAGGAUUUUCUAAAAAAUAUUAUUGAAGAACUCAGACUUGUCAGAAGAAUACAAGAUUUACAGGAAGCUCGAAUUGCUGGCUGUGUAACUGCUGGUGAUGGUUAUCGCUUUAUCGAGCAAAAGAGGACAAAGGAAGCUGAAUCAAGUUCCUGUAAAGAAAGUGGUCAGAUUGGAACCAGUGCCAACACAUUACAGAGGCCAAAUAAUCUCAAAGGAGAACUUGACAGUAGCCCACGGGGUCUUCAAAAGGGGACUGCAGCACUAUUUGCUGAUUCCGCCAUACAAGCCAUCACAAAGUCGCUAGAAGAAUGGGAUAUUAGUGGAUUUGCAGGAGCUGAAUUUCUAUCUGAAUCGGAAAUAAAACUUUGCAAUGAGAUCAGAAUACUGCCGUCACACUAUCUCAACAUGAAGCAGACCAUUUCCUUAGAAAUUUCGAAGGGAAGUGUGACCAAGAAAUCUGAUGCACAUAAACUCUUUAAGGUAGAGCCAAGCAAGGUUGAUAGAGUCUAUGACAUGCUUGUGAAAAAAGGAGUUCUGCAAACAUAAUCAAACGUAAUGUAAUGAAUAUAAAGCUGGCUAUUUUUGUACAUCUUUCUUCCCUUUCUCCUUGACCCAUGAAAUGUGCGGAAAAUAAAUGUAUUCUUUUAGUAAGAGUUUUGUGCCUAUUUUUUUAGUGGAUAGCACAUCCGAUGUCAA